AAUAAAUAAUUAAAAAAACAAAAAAAAGGCAACUUUAAAAAUAAAAAUGAUAUUAAAUCUAGUUCUUAAAAAUAAAUAUAAGCUAGAUUUAGUAAACUUCUUUUCAACUACAAAAAAGCCUUAUAUAAAUGGUCGUCCUUAAAAAAGACCUUUAUGGAAUCCUACAGACCAUAAUCUAGAAAAAACAUUUGUCCUUACUGAUUAUAGUGAUUUAAAAGGGUGAGGUUGUAAAGUCCCCCAGGCCGAUUUGAAGAAAUACCUUGAAAAGCUAGGAAACGCUAAAUAAAUAACAAGCGAAGCACCUGAUGUAAGUGUAAGGCCUGUAAGAAAUACUAAAACUAAGAAAUUAAUUAGUACUAUAGACUUUUUUUAUCCCUUAGUAGAAGAUCCUUAUAUGUAAGGAAGAAUUGCAUGUUGUAAUGUACUUUCGGAUCUAUUUAGUAUGGGAGUUACUGAUAUUGAUACUGUUUUAAUGGUUUUAGCAGUUUCUAAUAAGAUGAAUGCUUAACAAAAAGAAAUAGUUACAUCUCUUAUGAUAUAAGGUUUUGAUGAAUGUGCUUAGUAAGUAGGCGCAUACGUUUUAGGGGGCUAAACAAUAAUUAAUCCAUGGCCAAUAAUUGGAGGAGUAGGAAUCUCAGUAGUAGAAAGAGAGGAGUUUUUGAUGCCAAAUAAUGCAAAAGUUGGUGAUAUGAUAAUAUUGACUAAGCCUUUAGGGACUUAAUUGGCAGUUAAUUUAAAAUAAUGGUAUACUAAGGACAUAAAGGAUAAAUUAGAAAAAAUAUAAGGCUUUAUAAGUAAAGAAUAGGUUGAUUAAGCAUUUUUGAAAGCAGAAAUGGAGAUGGGUACUUUGAGUAUUUUGCCAAGUUUUUAAUGAAAAAAUAUAAGGCUAAUGCAUGCACUGAUGUGACAGGAUUCGGAAUUAAGGGACAUUCUUAGUUUUUGGCAGAAGUAUAGAAAGAAUAAGUAGAUUUAAUCAUUAAUAAUUUACCUACAAUUAAAUAUGUGGCAAGUAUAGACGGAAAAGCGAGAGAUUUCAAAUUUAAAUAAGGGCUAAGUCCGGAAACUAGUGGAGGUUUACUUAUUUGUUUAGAAAAAAAUAAGGCAAAGGAAUUUAUUUCGGAAAUGAAAGAUAAUGGGCUUGAAUGUAAUCUUGUAGGAGAAGUUGUUAAAGGAAAAAAUAAUUCGAUUGUAAGAGAAGAUGCUUCUAUCGAAGAAAUAAUAUGAUUUAUAUAAGAAAAAUGAAUUUUUGAAAAUUUAUAAAAUUAAAAGGAAGUCUGUUAUUAUGUUUUUUUUUUUUAAAUAAAAAAAAGCACCUUAAAAUAUUUCAUAAUAUAGGGAACAGGCUGAAAAUAUAUUUUAUAAAAUUUUUGAAUGUUUUAUUUUUAUUAAAUUGGUACAAAACAGAUUUUAUUUAAUAGGAUAAAAAUAAAAAAAUAUAAAAGAAUUAAAUUAAAUAAAUAUAUAUAUAUAUAUAUAUAUAUAUAUAUAUAUAUUAUAUGUAUAUAUUUUUUUUAUUUAUAUUUUCAUAAAU